AAUUUUGAGUCGGAUUAGUGUUAAUAGUUCUGAAGAUGUGGCAACAACGUGAACGUGAGUUUGGGUAGAAAUGUUUUUUAAGAAUACCGGUUGUCAUUUGUUUGGAAUAUUCUGUCUUUGAUUUUUUCAUGAGAUAUAAGUUUGGAUUCAAUACUUAAAAUGGGAAAUGAUAUGUUGCCACGAAACAUUUCAUGGGAUAAAGUGAAUUGAAUCUUAUUCUGCUAAUCAGUCAUACCUUUAUUGCAAAUAUAAAUUCAUCAUUCACCGAAUUGUUUUGCUCAAUAGUGUUUAGUUUUUCUUGUUAAUUUCUUAUUUGUGAAAUGUCUACAGUUGUAACCGAGGUACCAACAGCAUUGAAAAGACUUGUUCGUUUAGUUAUGAGAGGUUUUUAUAACGUCGAACAUGCGAUAUUAAUGGAUAUGCUUAUUCGUAAUCCAUGUAUGAAAGAAGAUGAUCUCGUUGAACUUUUAAAAUUUGAACGAAAACAGUUGCGUUCAGUAAUUGCUCAGUUAAAAAAUGAUCGUUUUGUGAAAGUUCGCUUAAAAAUGGAAACAGGUUCAGAUGGGAAAGCUACGAGACAGAACUAUUAUUACAUUAAUUACAAAAUUUUUGUAAAUGUUUUGAAGUACAAGCUAGACCACAUGCGUCGGAAAAUUGAAACUGAAGAAAGAGACUCAACAAGUAGGGCUUCCUUUAAGUGUACUUCUUGUGAAAAAACCUUUACUGAUCUCGAAGCUGAUCAAUUAUGUGACUUUAUGACUGGGGAAUUUCGUUGCAGUUUCUGUGAUGCUCCCGUCAUCGAAGAUGAAAGUGCUUUACCCAAGACAGAUUCUCGUUUGUUAUUAGCAAGGUUUAAUGAGCAGAUUGAACCUCUGUAUAAUCUCUUGAGAGAAGUUGAUGACAUAAAGCUAGCACCAGAGAUCUUAGAGCCAGAGCCCACUGACAUGACCCAGAUUAAAAGAGAUGCUAGUACUAACAAAACUAAAAAUAGUUAUCAAGCCACUGUUACAAAUGAAAACCAUACUACAUGGAGUGGAGAUGCAACCAGAAAUAAGAGUUAUGAUAUCAGUAACCAAGGCAUCACCAUCAAUUUUGGAGUUGAUGAAUCAUCAAAUGCAAAGAAUAUUCAAGAAAAGAAAGAACAACCUAUUUGGAUGGUUGAGAGUACUGUAAAAGCAGAAGCCAAGGAGACAUCUGAUUAUGCCUGGGGUCAUGAUGCUGUUUCAAACUUUGCAGUUGAAACAAAUUCAUCUUUUGCCAAACAAGAUGAUAUCAUGGAAGCUCUUCUGGCACAUGAAAGGAAAGGUGGAGCUGAGACCAAACUAGUGAUACCUGGUCACAACAGCAAUGAUGAAAGUAGCAGUGAAUCGGAAGAUAGCUCAAAGCCUGCACAAUCCUUCAUAGAACCAGAAGUAGGUGAAAUGGAGAGUGAUGAUGACGAUCAUUUAAUGGUUACUGUUGGAGACCAGAAAUAUGCUUUAACUGAAGUUACAGAAGAAAUUGUAGCUAAAAUGACUCCAGAGGAGAAAGAAGCAUAUAUUAGACUUACUCAGGAUCUGUAUGCCCGACUGUAUGAAUAGAAUAGAAUUUAAAGGCAUCAUGAAGAUCCAGGAUACAGUGAUCAUCAGUUAUGAAGAGAAAAUUUGUUACCAUUUUCCUUGUAUAUAAUAAGGUUUUCUGUUAAAUGUUGUGUAUAUUGCUUAUUGCAGGACAUUAUUAUUUGAAAACAAAAAUGAAGGAAUUUUAUGUAUAGGAAAAAUUAAUUAUCCCAAAGCACACAUAUUUUUUAGAAAUAAACUGUGUUCAUUCAGUA